AUGGGUGCAGAAAUUGACAAAAAAGCGUCGUCGUUUAUCCAAUUCGUUGAAACAGAGGGAUUUGAAGACCAAUUGUCUUCGUCUGCCGACGAGGAAGAAGAAGUCGAAUCGGACACGGAUUUUCUCGAUGAACUUGAUCGGAUGUUUGGUGGCGAAGAAGCAAAGAAGGCCGAUGAAGAGAAGGAGUUCAUUUCACCGGUUGAUGCUCUCGGAGCAAUUGCGAAUGAAGGCGAGAAUCUGCUCGCGGACAUGCAUAAAGCUGCGUUAGUGCAUCCGGCGACAUUUGAUGAUUUUCUCAAUGAAAUGCCAUUGAAUAGAGCUCCACAUUUGGUUUGUUUCGAUCAUACCCGUGUGCACAUCAAGGAUAAUUUCGGAGAUUCGGACUAUAUUCAUGCUUCUUAUGUUGAUGGUUACAGUCUGAAAGCUCAUUACAUUUUUGCUCAAGCGCCUUUCAAUAAGAACACCGAAGAUCAAUUUUGGCGAAUGGUGCUUGGUGAGAAACCGGCAAUGAUAUUGGUGUUUGGUGAUGUUGUGGAAUCACACGCGAAAAAAGAUGAUUUUUGCUAUGAAAUUGGGCAAAACGGAUUUGAGAAGGCCUACUUCAGGGAAUAUGGAGUCGACCGAUGGGAGGAUGUGGAAUCGAAAACUCAUAUCGGCAAAAUAUUCUGGCCAUCUGAAAUGUCAGAUCGAAAAUGUUUUGCGAAGAAUGAUCAUAUUACCGUCUCAAAUGUCGGUGUUCAUAGAGAAACUCAUAUUGACGUCAACAUGCUGAACAUCGAAGAAGCUCGAAUGAAGCCAAGUUCAACGACGUUGAUUCAUUUCAAAGAUUGGACUGACGAGACCCCAUUGCCUGAAUACCUCGCUGAUAUGAGAGCUCAAGUGAAGAUUCAUAUGAUUCGCGCUCAAAAGAAACCAUCGGCAUUUAAUGGACCAAUGCUGCUCGUGUGUCCGACCGGUGUAUCCAGAUGUGGCGCAUAUGCAGUUCUUGACAUUGUGCUUCAACGACUCGCCGAAGAGCAUACCGUUGGAAUCAAAGAAUCGAUAAUGGCAAUCAAAUCGCAACGAUAUGGAAGCUUCAGAAAUCUUCAACAUUAUAAGACGAUUCGUGAGAUUGUAUUAAGAAAUGCGAUAUCAUCUGGAGUUGUGCAUGACACCGCCAUUGGUGAUAAGGCACCAUCAGUGAGACCGAAGAAGAAGAGAACAAAGAAGAAGCCAUUGACUGAAGCGCUCAAAAAAAGAAUGGGAAAAUAA